CGGCGCGGGGCGGCCUGAAACCCGAAACCCGCGGCCGGCGGGCGCGGCGGGGGUGCGGAAGCGGCGGCGGCGGCCGAGGCGGGAGGCGGCCGGGCGGGCCCCGAGCGGCGGCGGCGGCGCGCCCUGCGUGCUGGGAGUGUCCGACGGCGGAGAACGGCAUGCGCAGAGGGCUGAGCUCUUUGGGUUCCGUGGAAGGCGGCAUGGGCUGACCUGGAACUGACCUGCAUGACCAGCAAAGGAGCCGCCCGGCAUGUUCUGCCCACCGCUCGCCGCCGAGGUGCCUGACCAUGAGCCUCAACUCCUCCCUCGGCCACAGGAAGGAGCUGGGUAACGGCGCGCACGGGGACGGAGGCGCGGGGGGCGGCGCCAUUGCCGACUUCGUCACCAUCGUCAUCAUCGCCGUUUUCGUCUGCCUGGGCAACCUGCUCGUGGUGGUCACCUUGUACAAGAAGUCCUACCUGCUCACCCUCAGCAACAAGUUCGUCUUCAGCCUGACCCUGUCCAACUUCCUGCUGUCCGUGCUGGUGCUGCCCUUCGUGGCCACCAGCUCCGUCCGCAGGGAAUGGGUCUUCGGUGUGGUCUGGUGCAACUUCUCGGCCCUCCUGUACCUGCUCAUCAGCUCGGCCAGCAUGCUGACCCUCGGGGUCAUCGCCGUGGACCGCUACUACGCUGUCCUGUACCCCAUGGCGUACCCCAUGAAGAUCACGGGGAACCGGGCUGUGAUGGCUCUGGUCUACAUCUGGCUUCACUCCCUCGUCGGCUGCCUGCCACCUCUGUUUGGCUGGUCGUCCGUGGAGUUCGACGAGUUCAAGUGGAUGUGUGUGGCCGCGUGGCACCGGGAGCCUGGCUACACGGCCUUCUGGCAGAUCUGGUGCGCCCUGUUCCCCUUUCUGGUCAUGCUGGUGUGCUACGGCUUCAUCUUCCGGGUGGCCAGGGUCAAGGCGCGCAAGGUGCACUGUGGCACGGUGGUCCUGGCGGGGGAGGACGCCCAGCGGGACGGGAGGAAGAACUCCAGCACCUCCACCUCGUCGUCCGGCAGUAGGAGGACCGCCUUGCAGGGCGUGGUCUACUCAGCCAACCAGUGCAAAGCCCUCCUCACCAUCCUGGUGGUCCUCGGGGCCUUCUCCGUCACCUGGGGCCCGUACAUGCUUGUCAUCACCUCCGAGGCCCUCUGGGGGAAGAACUCCGUCUCCCCGGCCCUGGAGACCUGGGCCACGUGGCUGUCCUUCACCAGCGCCAUCUGCCACCCCCUGAUCUACGGGCUCUGGAACAAGACGGUCCGCAAGGAGCUGCUGGGCAUGUGCUUUGGGGAUAGGUACUACCGGGAGCCGUUCGUGCAGCGGCAGAGGACGUCCCGGCUCUUCAGCAUCUCCAACAGGAUCACAGACCUGGGCCUGUCUCCCCACCUCACAGCGCUCAUGGCGGGCGGACAGCCCCUCGGGAACAGCAGCAGCACGGGGGACACUGGCUUCAGCUGCUCCCAGGACUCAGGCACAGACGUGAUGCUGCUGGAAGACCGCACGUCCGAGGACAGCGCUCCCUCCCGCUGCACCUGCCCCCCCAAGAGAAGGAGCUCCGUGACCUUUGAGGACGAAGUGGAACAAGUUAAAGACGCUGCCAGGAGUCCCGUUCUUCGCGUGGGAGCCGCACUGCACCAGUCCCUGGACAGUUACGCGGCCAGCUUGGCCGAAGCCAUAGAGGCCGAAGCCAAAGUCAAGCUGUUCGGGGAGGAGGCGUUGCCCAGGGUCCUGGCCACGGCCCGGACUGUCCCCGGGGCCGGCUUCGGGGGCCGCCGGGGCAGCAGGACGCCUGCGGGCCGGCAGCUGCAGCUGCGGAGCAUCGAGGAAGGGAACGUCUUAGCCGCAGGACGGACAUGAGGGCCUCAGAGGCGGCCCCACAGGGGGGCGCCUGGGGAAGGACAUCUAGGGGCCGCCAUCAGGAAAACACUGAGUACAGGGUCUCGUAAGGCUGCACGCCGGCUCCGGGUGGGUUGUGGCGAUGGGACCGGAGGCCUUGGAGGCACAGAGGCCAGCAGCAGAGGUGUGGCCAUGACUUUUGGGGGGGUGUAGAAGGGGGACCAGGGACCCUGGCUUGGAAGGAAACCACCACAUGGGUUACCGCCUCUUUGGGACCUGGGAGUCGUGUGGGGCACUGUCCCCGAGGUCUCGGGAGGGCAGCCCAUUGAGGUGUGUUGUGGAGGACAGCAGGUGUCCCCAACAAAGCAGGAAGGUCCCCUCCGCGCGGCAGAUGCAGGCUCUGCCGACCGCCCCGCACAGAACCCGGAGCAGAGCCCCUCCCGUGGGCUACGCACGCCUCCAUCCUGGUGGGGACCUUGCGGUCAGCGGGAGCCUUCCGCUGGCGCUGGGGGGCAGCUCCGGCCGUGGGGCUGUUGGAGGGGCAGGGGCUGUCCUGCCCGCUUCCCUGUUGACUGAUGCUUUGCUGUUUAAAAGAAGGGAGCAACCACUGUAAGAGAUGAGGAAGGGGCGAGAUGUUUCAUUUCCAGAAUAAAAAACAGUCCAUUUGGUUCGGA